GGAUCGAAUCCUUCGUCCCACUCCUCAGGCCCAUUCCUCUUUCAUCCCGACAGAGAAACGCCCUUCUAAGGCUUCAACCUUCUCUCUCUCUCUCUCUUUCGUUCUGCGUCGUCGAUAUCUGUUUAUCUUCCGUGCUGAUUCGUUUUCGAUUCCACUCGCAGUUAUCUGGUGUUCUUCUUCCUCUAUUUUGCUCAUCAAUUAGGACAAAAGGGGAUAAUUAAAAGCAUUAGUUUUAGGGUUUCAAGAUGUGUUUCGAUCAGCAGCGGUCGUUGUUAUUGUCUGAACUAAUCGCAUCUAGAGCUCGAUCGGCCGAUGAGAACGCAAUGGUGGAAGCUCUAAGAGGUCGGUUGGCGGAGACCGAAGCUCGGCUUGAACGAGCUAGAGCUCGAGAGGCAGAACUAACACGCCGCUUAGAGGAGAUGAAGCGAUUCAUCUCUGUCAUGGAGAUCCUCGAAACCUACCUUAAAAGGCGAUUUCGCGAACGCCAAGCUCAACUAGGUUGCCGGAUUACCUUGGUACCUACCAAGAAUUAAAAAUCUUUUUUUUUU